CUCUUGAAACGAUUUGAGCUGUAUGCAGUAUUAGUAGGAUUGGUAGCGCGAGGGUGUGGAGGUAGCGUACUUUUAAAUUUGGUCGUAGAAUAUUACACAUUUCAAUUCAACGCUGCCAUUUUCGUUUUGUGGCACGGUUAAAGCGGCGGUCUUAAUGUGAAUUUGCUUUAAUAUCUAGCAUUUAUUUAUUUACAAAGUGUGGAAAAUAUAUUGUAGUGCAUCUGUUUAUUGGAAAAACUUCAAGAAGUGACGAUCUUAGUGUUUAUAACACCGGAUAAUUGUUGACUUCUUUGGGUGGAGAGGUGAUGUACACGAGGUAGCGGAGCCGCUGUGCAGCCAUGCCGCUGCCGAAACGCUGCGUGGAGCCCGUGCAUGUGUCACGUGGCACGGUACCCGAGCGGCUUCAGGUCCCGUCCGAGCUUGAAGCCGUCACCAAUGGCACGCUCGCUAAUACUGUCAGGCAAUUGUCAUCGCUGUCCAAACAUGCAGAGGACAUGUUUGGGGAGUUGACGAGAGAAGCUACGAAUCUGGCCGAACGAACGAACGUGUUGCAGGCUAGGAUAGACCGACUCGCUAUCAAGGUUACGCAACUCGAUUCUGGAGUCGAAGAAGUAUCACUUCAAGACAUACAGAUGCGCAAGGCGUUCCGAUCAGCGCGGUCCUUCCAACAACAAUUGUUCUCGCGCAACUCUAUGCCGUCGGCCAUGCUAUCAACGUACGCGCGGUGCGACAGACCACCACCGCUCGAAAUGCUCAACGAGUUCAGAGACGAUGGAAGAGACGCGAGGAAGUUCUACACAGAUCCAGAUUACUUCUUCGAAUUGUGGCGACGAGAGAUGCUGCAAGAUACUGAGCGCAUUCAGCACGAUCGGGGGAAGAAGGUCCGCCAGCCCCGCAGCGGAGGUAACGCUGAGGGAAGAGGCGCGCGACGCGUCCGUCCGCCGCACUCGACGCGCGACCGCCUCAAGGAGGCCGCCGUCACGCGCGGGGAGCAUAUCAUGGCGCCCAGCCAGCUGCGACACUAUAACAUCGAGCCCCAGUACAAACCCGAUCCUGUAUAUCAGGCUACGAACAUAUCGGAGGGUGGGUACAGAGCGUCCCAGAACCGGCCGCCCUCAGUACAACCUGCGCGACCUAACUCCAUUGAAAUUGAAAACACACAGAAUAGACAGCCCAGGAUAACUGGAAAUGGACAUGUAGUGGUGGCUGAGGAGAGCCCGUACGGGUCGGUGGGCGGGGAGCCCAUCUACGGCGGCAGUGGGGCGGGGACGCCGCGCCGCGUGCGGCCCAGCGUGCCGCCGCCCGCGCCGCCCGCGCCCGCCGCGCCCCCCCACGCCGCGCACGCCGUCCACGCCGCGCACGCCGCCUCGCCCCCGCCUCUACACACUCCCACCAGGUCGGCGCUGCCCCCGCCGCCGCCGCCCCCCGAGGGCACGGUGUCGCCCCCCAUGAUGAACGGUGCCUCUCCGCCGCACCGCACCGCGCUCGAUGCACAUCUCGACCACAUGCACGCCGUUAUAGGUAUGAUGUCGUCAGAGGAGGCAGAUGGCGGGCUGAGCGCGCUCGGGGGGCUGGGCCCCGGAGGGCACAUGGUCCCGGCCGGCCACCCGGGCUCCGGCGUGUCAGUGCCGCCCGUAGCUCCUGCGCCCCCCCGCUGCCCCGCCGUCCCCGCCGCCGCCGCCCCCCGCCGAGGACCGGCCGCGUCCCCCCUCGCCCGGUGCCUUGCUUCGUGGAGCUUCCGCCCUCAAGCCACCGCGUCCCACACCCGACCCACAACCCGAUCCCAGAUCAGACUUGUUAAAGGCCAUUCGCGAUGGUAUAAAACUUCGCAAAGUGGAGAAACGCUGCGACGAGAAUACGGGACGGUACGACACGUUGCGGGGCGCGCCCGUGUUCCUAGACGUGGCCAGCAUCCUGGCGCGGCGCGUGGCCGUGGAGCUCAGCGACACCAGCUCGGGCGCCGACUCCGACUCCGACGACUCCGACCAGUGGACCGAGUCCCGGGCGUGACGUCGCGCCUCGCCCCGGCCCGAGCCCGGGCCGGCGCGGCGCCCCGCGUCGCCCGCGCCGCCCGCCGCGCCGGCGCCGGCCGCGGGCGAGCCCGUGCCCAUCCUGCUGAAGGCGGAGCCGGCGCCGGCCAGCGCGGCCGUGACUGGCGCGGCGCGGCCCGACGACACGAGCUACGUGCGCAACUCGUCCUUCCUCAGCCGCGACAUCGAGGCGCGCCAGGCUCGCCAGUCCUCCACGUCUUCGGCCUCCAGCCGCGAGCGUCCUCCCUCGCCCCCGCGUCGCGCCGACCCUCCCGCGGUUAAAACUCCUCCUAUUCCAUCUCCUUCAGUCAAAUCUCCUCCCGUUAAAUCUCCCCCCGUCAAAUCUCCACCCGUCAAAUCUCCACCCCCUGUUGAUUCCCCGCAGGUGAAGUCUCCGCCUGUGCGACCUGUGGCACAGCCUGUAAACAAUAUCACUUCACCUCCAUCGAGGAGGCCGACUCCUCCGAGGUCAGAGGUGAUUUCCCCUCCAGCUCCCGAUAAUAAGCCCUCGACGGUCCAGAAGAAUGAUGAUGCCCCUAGCACACCUCGCACUCCCUGGCGUGAAUCACCGGUUGCCAAAGAAGGACCCGUCAAGGUCGAAAAAUUAUCUCUCGUCUCGACAGAAGUAACUCGUCCAAUUGAAAGUAACGAUGUUGCGAAAGUUGAAGAACCAAAAGUUGAAAAAGACACCGAUAAGAAUGGUGAACAGACAGCCAAGUCAGAGGAAUCUAAUGGAGUUGGGGAUAAAAUUAAGAAAUUUGAGAAGGCGGCCGAGGACGCUAGCGGCACCACGGGCCGUUUAUCACGGCCUGGAUCAGUGCGAGGACGGCCACGAACUGAGAGACUCGGCUCGGACAAUAGCCGAGAGGACCUUCCACCACCUGCGACUCCCUUCAAGGAUAAUGUUCAUUUUGAGUUGAGUACUGCCCCGUCCGUUCUGGAACGGCAACUGAGUCUUACACGCAGUGCAGCGGCGCCUCCGCGUUGGCAGCGGUCUGACGGGGCCACAGAACCCGACAAAGUGCGCCCCGAGCCCCAGAAGAUAAUUAAACCAGAGUUCAAGCCGAUGCCUUCACCGGUCGACGUCACGAUACGCUCGCCUAGCCUCGGUGCCAAAAUUCCCGAUCAGUUCCCGUCGCACGGCACCGCCUUCCGAAACGUCGCUUCUCCCGACCCCGCCCGCUCUAGAGAAGUACACAAGGUCAACGACGAUGUAAAUACUCAGAAUAAUUUUAAGACUUGUAAAUUUAAAACGAAGGACAAAUACUCCGUGAGCAAAGGGUCGAGUUAUUUCACCAGAGGCUCCGAGGAGAUCUGGCUCGUGAAGAAGAAGGAUAUAGAAGAGAUCGAGGAAAGAGUGCUGGACUCGUUCAGACGAGCGGGCGGGAACGUGUGCGUCCGGAGCGAGUCCAUGCGGCCGGCGUCGGACGGCGGGCAGGGCGCGGGCGCGGCCACGCUGGGGCGCGGCAAGCGCGCGCAGUACGCGCGCAGCGAGUCGCUGGACCCCGCGUGGGGCGCGGCGCGGCCGCACACGCUGAAGCGGCAGGCGUCCGUGGCCUGCACGUGCGGCCACGACAAGAAGGCGCGCUCCAAGAGCGCCGCGCCCGCGGACGCGCGGCCCCGCUCGCGCUCGCACGGGGACGACUCCAACCAGGCGCACGUCCUCGACAAGUACGAGACGCUCGUCUAACUCCUUCGCUUCCUCCGCUCGCCCCGCCCCUUCCCUUCUUACUUAUUGUGAAAUUUGACAUCGCGGAAUGACGAGUACUUCACCUUUAGCUCUAUCUUAAUACUUAUACUUGAAUCUAUGUAUGUCUUGAAAGGAUCUUUCAUAUCUGUGUAUUCCAUUUUGCUGUGUCCUCUUCGACUAGUAGGUCACUGGUCAAUAUUAUAGGUAAAACAUGGUGCAUUGCAUGGAAUAUCGUAUAAUUCGUUUGAUAAUAAAUAAUAAAUUGAUGAUUAUAACAGACGAAAGGUUUAUUGGCUAGUCUUAGGGAAAGAUCGGACGGAUGUUUACUGAUUGUUUCAUAUAUAAAACCAAAAAUAUUAUAUACGCGGUAUUGAAUAUAACUGUAGUAGACGAGAAUGGAUAGAUAGUAGUAUUAAAUUAAUAAAUAUCUACUCUUCCUUUUGGGAUGAAUGGUGGCAGAAUGAUGUUUUAUUACGUUGACAAUAUGUAGCUGUCGUUUGAGUAACUUCACUGCUACUGUGUUUGGACUGAUGAGGCCCACCUUAGCACAACUUACUGCAUGGUGCUUAGCUUCUUAAUAAAUUUGAAUUUAUAAUAUUUGUCUUGACCCUGAAAACCGCUUAUAAACGGUUGUGAAAUUACGUUUGAGAUUCUUGAAAUGUAUAAUUUUAUUUAUGAAUUUAAAAAUGCUUUAAAACAGGAUUAUGAAGUUGCUAGUCGAUGUUUUGUAUGCAAACAAUAUAUGGUGCGUCGUUAUGAUUUAUGGAGAGUGUUCUUUCUAUUAUUCAUAUAAAGUCUUAUAAUAUAUCUUAUGAACAGUAAUAGUUUCCAUUAGGAAUGUUUGUUAGGUGGAAAAUAAAUUAGACGCCUAUUCCUACGAUUAAGAUUGCAAUGUUUACAGUAUAAUAAAACGUUUUGUAAUUUCAUAUAAUAUGUGACCUGCGUAUGUAGUGCCAAUUACAUAAUAUAUAACGAUUGUAUAUUUUCGUCAAAAUAAUACAAUUAACUUCCAUUUUAUACAUUUUGUAUCAUCACAAAUAGUGGAAAAUUAUAUUGGAUGAUUUGUGUACUCUAUUGUAAUUGUAUGUAGGUAAGAAAGGAAUCUCAAAAGUUUUCUUUUAACUAUAUAUAUAUCUCUAAACAGUAUAGUGUCCUGUGUGAGCUUUUUCAAUUUCCUGAAAUAUACAUUCCGAUGUGUUUAGUUGCUCACUGUUCCCACGCGACUGUGUUUAAUACGUUUUAAUAUUAAAAUGAGCAACGAAUGUGUACCAAAUUUUCUAAAUAAUGUAGUGUUGUACCUAGCUAGGCAUAAGUUUACAAAAUCGUUUUAUGUAUGUACUUUUCUCGUUCUUAUGAUUUUGUAUAGUGGGGGUGAAUAUUUAGUAAUUAUUUCGACACGAGAAUACCCCUAUUUACAAACCAACUUGAACUAUUCCUUUACAAAAAUGGUACCGACCUGGUACCUAAUGAUAGUUUUGAAAGUCAUGAAACCCGCCAUUUUUGUAAAUAAAGUCUUGUUUCUUAUGGAGUAAUCAUUGAUAUGAAUUCGAGUGUAUCAUGUGUAAUCCAGAAAAUAUUUGUACUAUGCUAUAUGGAGUUUGGAAUGUCUACUUUUGUUGCGUAAUAAUCAGUACGAGCAGCAUGUAGAGAAGUAGUGUAAUGUACGUUAUGGUCACGAUAAACUAGUAAGAGAUGUAAUUAUAGCUGUAAGGAAAUGAUAAAGCAUGUUUUAUAUUAUGUAGAAUACGAUCGCCUCUUUAUGUUGCCGUCAAUGGCAAUUGCUAAUUAUUUAUUUGCAUUUUUUCUUAAAUGUUUAUAAUUUUUAAUAUUAAAAUGGAAAGCAAAUUGUUGUAAUCGCCGAAUAGUCCACAUACGACGUCGCUUGCUGGUUACAAUGUGACUGCAUAUUAAUGUUCAGGAAAAAUAAAGCAAUUAAUUAAGCAGCUUGUAAAGUUACACGGUAACCAAUGACGGUGUCAAGCUGAAGUGCUUCGUAUCAUGGACUUCAUUGUGUAAUAAGAAUUAUAUUUUAUAAAUUGUUUAUUUGCUAAUACAAUAUAAGUUAAAUGU